AGCCCAUCCUCCCUUAUUUGGUUCCUGCCUGGGUCAUGUGAUCUUAAAAUGGUGGAAGCUGAGGGCUGUUUGUGAGCUGAGCAUCUCUCCAUCGUCGAGAGCUUGGAGCGGCAAGGCAGAGCACAGCUUGCGCACACAUCCAUGUUUCCGUGACCGUGACACAGAGAGGAAGGCUGUUAACUGAGACCUGAGCUGCCGUGAGUCCCCCUGGGUGCCGGGGUAUGGACCAGCCCUCUGAACGCAAGAUGAGUUCUGAGGGGGCGGAAGGCAGACCAGCACCGCCCACCUCCCUGCCCCUGCAGGGUGGGGGUGCCCCUUCUCAGAGGAAGAAGCUGUCCGCCCCCCGAAUCAGUCUAUCUCUGGACCAGAGUGAGGAUGACGUCUUUGACACACCCGAUGACCUGGACAUCAAUGUGGACGAUCUGGACACUCCUGAUGAGGCUGACAUCCUGGACUACACUGAUCAUGAGAUGGACUGGGAUGAGCCCAGGCCGAGCAGCCGGAGUGCGGGCCGUGAGGCCAGCCAGCCCAUCCCCACCACCAGUGCUGAGGAGGAGCAGCAGGAUGCCAGGCUCUGGAGGACGGUGGUCAUCGGAGAGCAGGAGCACCGCAUCAACAUGAAGAGCAUUGAGCCCUACAAGAGGGUCAUCUCCCAUGGAGGCUACUACAGCAGUGGCGUCAAUGCCAUCAUCGUGUUCGCCGCUUGCUUCCUGCCUGACAGUGACAGAGAGGACUACCAUGAGGUCAUGGAGAACCUUUUCUUGUAUGUGAUCAGCACCCUGGAGCUGAUGGUUGCCGAGGACUACAUGAUUGUCUACCUGAACGGAGCCACUCCUCACAGGAGGAUGCCUGGACUGGGCUGGCUCAAGAGAUGCUACCAGAUGAUUGACAGGAGACUGAGGAAGAAUUUGAAGUCCUUCAUCAUUGUUCACCCAUCGUGGUUCAUCAGGACUAUUCUAGCCGUCACAAGGCCAUUCAUCAGCACCAAAUUCAGUAACAAGAUCAAGUAUGUCCACACCUUGGCGGAGCUAGAAGAGCUCAUACCCAUGGAGCAGGUCCAGAUCCCAGAGAGUAUUAUGAGACUUGACGAGGAGCUAAAGGACUCUGCCGAUAGCUCUAAAUUCAAUGCCUUUCUCCAAGGAUCUGAUGCAGCGCCAACACAACCUGAAAAUGAAGCGUCCAGCAUGAGUAGCUCUUAAUGGAGGAGGCUGUCACAUGUUGGAUGGAUCUCCAACGGAAGUGAUUUUUUGAGGUCUCCAGCCCCUGGUCGUUGCUCACUGAAGUGGAUGCAAUAAUCACAACACACACACACACACACACACACACACACACACACACACACACACACACACACACACACACACACGAGAAGUCAUCUUGAGUGGGCCGGCAUCAUACACACUGGCUGAGAUAUGACAAUGUCAAGCACUUCCACUUUGUUAGCAUGAAGCGUCAGAGGCUAACCCACAAGACAACUAUUUCCAUCAAUCUUAAAUGGCACUUAAAAAAAUCUAGAGGCUACACCAACACCUUGCUUGACACAUUGGGGCCACUUUUCCAUACUAAAAACAUUUUUUGGUGAAACAGUAAAUCUGUAAUUUUAAUCUCCCUGGAUAGUUUUGUCAUUGUUGUUCCAUGAAAUGUGCAUGAAAUGAAAUCAAAGCAAUAAUUUUCUUGUAGCAUUUCGCCCACGGACCUUUCUUUCCUGGUCUAUGAUUUCACCCUUUGAUGCAAUUUCAGAUGUACAAUUUGUUGCCCGUACUUUAUAUCUUUAUGUCAGGCCAAAGUUGUAACUGGGGGAAAAAUGUUUUGUGUACACACAGGUACACAGCUCAAUAAGCUCAGUCUCAGUGAUGGCAUCAGAUUGAGAAAAUUGUGACAAUGAGUUCCUUGGUGCAGCUGCCAAAUUAGCUUCUAAACGAAGCUGUAUUAAUCAAUCUUCUUACUGGACUUGUCACUGACUCCUGUGGUCAUUAAACUUGUAUGUAUGUAUGGUCAUCAAGAAAGGUCCAUUACUCAAAACAACAGCUUACAUCACAACAUUAAGUCAUUGAGCAUAAGUUCCAUCAAGAGACACACUUUCAGUGUAAGUUGUUUACUUAGCAGAACCAUUUGGUCCCAGUAAUAGUGUAUGCCGUGUAUAGUGAUACGAAUAGAACAAGUUGUCCAUAUACAGUACAUUCAGACAGCAUGCCUUUUCUGAGGUCUGACUGGUCCGUGAACGUGGUUCCUUUGUCAUUGUCUGACGUGUGUGUGUGUGUGUGAGUGCGUUAGCUUGAGUGUUCUUCAUCAUUUGUGUGUGUGUGUGUGUGUGUGUGUGGUUCAUUUUCUUAUCUCUCACGCUCCUCCUGCAAACAGGAAAUGACCUCAAAGGGGGGACAGGGAAAAAAUAGCUGUUAAGCACAAUCUCCACUUCUGUCGAGUGUGUGUUUGUUUGGCUGUCUUUGUAUGUGUGUGUAUGUCUAUGCGUGCGUGUGUUUUGUGUAUGUGUGUUAAUGGGUGUGGAUGCCACUGCAUGUCCUCUAGCAGACAAUGUCAGAUGUUUGGUCCUUUAAUUAAACAGAGAAAUGAUGAGAAACUAUGAGUACUUUGGACCCAGAGGCCUUCUCCAGUUGUGUGAUACAGGUGUGUUGUAAAAUAAUGGAAAGGUAUAUCAAUAAAUACAGUUCUAAUGUAAA